AUGAACAAAUACUUUCUCCUGGGUUUCUCUGCUCUGCUCUUCUGCACAGCUGUUCAAGGCCUUGUGUGCAGAGUCUGCCAUUACAAAGUUGGAUCCCUCUGCUUCCGCUCAGGGGAGCCCUGCAGAGCAGGUGCUGGCCAGUACUGUGAGACGACCAAGGUUUACUCAGGUGAGCUGCCGCUCUACAAAACACACGGCUGCGGCAAAUUCGCAGAGCUCUGCAACAAGAUGGAGAGGAGGGACAGCGCCUUCCGGAUGGCCUAUGAGCGCACUUGCUGCAACACCAACCUGUGCAACGUUUAA